AUGUCGACUGAGCCAAGCACUAGAAACGGGGAACACAACCAUCAUCUUUAUCCUAAUGUAAUUCAUGACGCUUCAGCGGAGUCCGCCGGUAUUGUCGCUUCCGAGCUAGCUGCCGAGGAUGGUAGUUUAUUCAAUAGUUCAAUUUUGAAAUCACACAGCUAUGGCGCGACAGAAGGAGUGACACCUGAAGAGUACGAAAUAGACGAACCUAAUGGAGGUUAUGCCUUGCCUAAGAAACAAUUGAUCACAGUGGUGUCAAGUUUAUUCAUGGCAUCAUUCCUAGCUGCAUUGGAUGCUACAGUUGUAACUACAUUGUUGACAAUAAUUGCUUCUGAAUUGAAAGCAGUGAAAAACAUAUCCUGGAUUGCUACAUCGUACUUAUUAUCAUCCUCCGCAUUCCAACCAAUCUUUGGAAAAUUAUCAGAUAUCUUUGGCCGUAAGUUCAUCUUGAUCGGUUGCUCACUCAUGUUUGGAAUUGGAUGUACAAUCUGUGUUACUGACUCUUUGUGGUGGUUGGUGAUUGGUAGAUUCGUAACAGGAUGGGGCGGUUCUGGUCUUACUGCAGUGGGAACUAUAACUAUGUCGGAUCUUAUACCAUUAAGAGACCGUGGUUUAUACCAAGGAUUAGCAAACAUCUGUUUUGGGCUAGGUGCCGCAUCUGGUGGAUUUGUGGGAGGUAUCGUUGCCGACACUUUGGGAUGGAAAUAUGUUUUCAUCUUGCAAGUGCCUCUUGCUGCUAUUGUUGGUCUUGCUCUCUAUUUCAAUUUGAACUUGCCUGCAGGUUCGCCAGGUUUGGGUGCCCAUGGCCAAGAUAUCAGACAAAAGUUAAAGAGGGUUGACUUCUUGGGAAGUUUUUGCUUGAUUAGUGCAUUGAUGUUGUUUUUAACUGCAACGUCCUUAGGAGGAAGGGAUAUUGCAUUCACGUCGAAUUUGUUUAUCUCGUUGUCAGCUGCAAGCUUUGCCUUGAUUCUUGCCUUUUUGUACGUGGAGGCAUAUGUGAGUGAGGAACCCAUCAUUCCAAUCGAAUUGCUCGGAAAUAGAACUGUGUUAGCUUCAUCAUUAACCAACUGGUUCUACACAAUGGGAAUAUUUGCAAUUAUGUUUUAUGUUCCAGUGUAUUACACAUCUGUCCUUUACUUGACUGCAAGUGAAAAUGGUUUACGGUUGGUGCCCAACUUUAUUGGUAUUUCAAUAGGUUCUGUUGGUGCUGGAUACUAUAUGAAACGUACUGGACGUUAUUACAACCUAGCAGUUGCAGCUGGAAUAUUGGCCAUCCUCGGUGCUUAUAGAGUUACCCUUCUUGAUACACACACACCAACAUGGCAGCAAUAUUUGAUGAUGCUUCCACAGGGUAUGGGAUACUCCUGUAUACUAACCAUUACAUUGCUUGCAUUGAUUGCCGCAACUCCAAUGAAGUACCAAGCUUGUACUACGUCAAUUCAAUAUACAUUUAGGUCAACAGGGUCUACUUUGGGAGUUUCGGCAGCUUCAGCUAUAUUCCAAACGAUUCUUGGACUGAGUUUACGAAAGAAGAUUCGGGAUUUAGUCAAGGAUCCAGAAGAGGCUAGGAAGAUCAUUGCAAAAGCUUUGGACGAUACCAACUACGUCCAUGAGGCGCCAAAGUACGUCAGGAAAGCAAUCAGAUCUUCAUACGAUGAAGGUUGUAGAGGGGCAUAUUACUUUGCUUUGGUGACUAUCAUUAUUGGAGUUAUUUCAUCAUUGUUCAUGAGAGAGCAUAAAUUACAUACAAGUCUUAAUAGAGAUUGA